UCUAGUUAUCAGCAUUCGAAGGACAAUUUGUGUGGUACAAAAGUUUGAAGAAAAGGACAUAUAGCUUCAAUGGAUUCUUUAUGUCCCCAAAGUCUCAAAUGUGUCACUAGGAAGAGUGAGCGAUUUGUGUAGGGACGCUUGACAACAAACUGGUUGUCUUUAAGUUGAGUGCCCAUUCCCGUUGCUUAAACCUCCUCUCGUUCUCACCUUUUUGUGCUCCAUCUCUUAGCCUGCAGCCAUGGCCGCCAUAGAAGAGGAGAGGCCUCUGCUUCCUCUCCAAUCUCAGGAUGUAGGUUCAGAAUACACAAGGGAUGGUUCAGUUGACAUCAACAAGGAGCCAGCCCUGAAGCACAGCACAGGGAACUGGAGGGCGUGCUUCUUGAUUUUAGGUGUUGAAUUUUGUGAAAACAUGACCUACUUUGUAAUCUCGAGGAAUCUAGUCACAUUCCUCACCACUGUGCUCCACGAAAGCAAGGUCGAUGCUGCCAGAAAUGUCUCUGCCUGGGUUGGAGCUUGCUUCCUCACACCGGUUGUUGGUGCCUUUCUGGCAGACACUUAUUGGGGCAGAUACUGGACAAUUGUUGUUUUCCUCCCGGUGUACAUCACUGGAAUGCUCAUCGUGACAGUUUCAGCAUCACUUCCAAUGUUCUUGACAUCUUCUGAACAUGGCAAUGUUCAUCGUUCCGUAGUGUAUCUAGGGCUCUAUCUUGCUGCCCUUGGGAGUGGUGCAAUGAAACCAUGCACUUCAUCCUUUGGGGCCGACCAGUUUGAUAGCACUGAUCUGGAGGAGUUACCGAAGAAGGCCUCCUUCUUCAGUUGGUCCUUCUACAUGACUACUGUCAGCACCUUGCUGUCAAGCACAGUGCUUGUUUGGUUGCAAGACAAUGUUGGAUGGGGGGUGGGUUGCGCAAUCCCGACUGUGUUCAUGAUCAUCAGUUUCCCUGUAUUCAUUGCCGGCUCAAGAGUUUACAGGUUUAGGAACCUGGGAUUUAGCCCCCUCAAGAGCCUCUGUCAGGUGAUUGUUGCAGCUGUUAGGAAGUGCCAUCUGCAAUUGCCAGAAAAUAAGUCACUUUUAUAUGAGCCAUCCAAUUCAUCUUCAACAACUGAAGCAAGUCAUAAAAUUCAGCCCACCAAUCAAUUCAGGUUCCUUGACAAGGCAGCCAUUGUACUGCCCCCAUCAGACGAAACGUGCAUCAAGCCCAUGAGCUCAUGGUCGCUCUGCACAGUGACACAAGUUGAGGAGCUGAAGAUGCUGCUGCGGAUGUUCCCCACCUGGGCAUCUUUCGUGAUCUUUUUCGCGGUCAAUGGGCAGAUGUCCUCAACGUUCAUUGAGCAGGGAAUGGCCAUGGACAACCAUGUUGGUUCAUUUGCAAUCCCACCUGCAUCCCUCACCAUCAUCGCCGUGCUCAGCGUCCUUGUCUUGGUUCCUGUGUAUGAGAUCAUAUCAGUGCCACUGGUGAAGCAUUUCACCGGACAGGACAAAGGCUUCUCACAUGCGCAGCGCAUCGGAAUCGGCCUUUCACUGUCCAUGAUCAUGAUGGUGUACGCAGCAUUGCUCGAGAUGAAGCGGCUGGCAAUCGUGCAAUCAAGUGGCUUAGCAGACCACAAUGUAGCUGCUCCAAUGAGUAUCCUGUGGCAGACACCAGCAUACUUUCUGCAAGGGGUUUCAGAGAUUUUCAGCUGCAUCGGUAUGUCACAGUUCUUCUAUGACCAGGCGCCAGACAGCAUGAAGAGCGUUUGCGCAGCGCUUGGGCAGCUCGCAAUCGCUUCAGGAGCUUACUUCAACACGUUCGUGCUUGGCGCUGUCGCAGUGAUCACGACGAGCAGUGGAGCACCUGGGUGGAUUCCGGAUAAUCUGAAUGAGGGCCAUCUGGACUAUUUCUUCUGGAUGAUGGCCACCCUUAGCUUACUUAAUCUUGCCAUGUUUGUGUAUUCUUCCACGAGGCACAGAGAGAACACAGCUUCAUGACCAGAUUUAUACAUAAGACAUGAAGCACCAACGAAAUCUAGAGGGUUAUCAUAACAUCAACGAGUUAUACAAGAGAGAUACAAUUAUCAUUUUAAUGAAUUGGCCUAUAAAAUCUAGAGGGAAUCUCAUCAGUGUUGAAGAAACA